AUGACCAACGUUUGUCAAAGCUCAUUUACGGACUCCGAUAUAGCUAAAAAUAUGACACUUGGUCGGACCAAAGCUACUUCGAUUAUAAAAAACGUAACUGGUAAGAAACAACAUGCGAUUGUUUGUGAGCUUUUAAAGAACAACACAUUUUCCUUGUGCGUGGACGAGUCCACGGAUCUUUCAAAUAUGAAAUCGUUAUGUUUGGUUGUUCGAGUUUUUGUUGAUUAUCAAAUACAUGAUCUUUUCUUUGGAUUACUUAAUGUUGAUCAGUGUGAUGCUAAAAGUUUAUAUAAUUUAGUAGUUGAUCAAUUUAAUAGAAAUAGUAUAGAUUACAAAAGAAACAUGAUUGGAUUUGCCGCCGAUGGAGCAUCUUAUAUGUAUAAAUGUAUAUGUCAUUCUUUGGCUUUAUGCUCUUCAUAUGCAUGUCUGCAACUACCUUCAGCAGUUGAGACAUUGGCAAGGAAUAUUUUUAAUUACAUUUCUAACAGUCCUAAAAGAUGCAACCUAUAUAAAGAAAUCCAAAAACUGUUGGACAUUCGUCCAAAAAAAAUGUUGCAUCCAAGUCAAACAAGGUGGUUGUCUUUAGAAUCGGUUGUUAUCCGGAUUUUGGAACUUUAUGAACCCUUAAAAAUUUACUUUCCAUUUGCGGCCAAUAAUUUCAUUUACUACUAUGAAUACCCAGCUUUUUAA